CACUACCAUUCGAUACAAUGUCUAAUCAAGUCUGCGAUUUUCAACUUGCACCUGGUCAAACUACGACCAAUGCUGCACAACAUGCUCAUUCACACGAUGGAGGAGCAGAACACUCUCACUCCCAUUCAACGCCAGCAAACGAACAUGGACAUACACAUGAAAUCAUGGAAAACGCUGGUAAAUUUGCUGAAAGAGAUGUACCAAAUUAUUCAACAAGAGAUUGGAAAGAAAGAGCAUUUACCAUUGGAAUCGGAGGUCCUGUUGGAUCAGGAAAGACUGCUUUGCUCUUGAGCCUUUGUCAACGUUUACGAACAAAGUAUAAUCUUGGCGUUGUGACGAACGAUAUCUUUACACGAGAAGAUCAAGAAUUUUUGAUUCGCAAUAGUGCACUGACACCUUCCGAUCGUGUUCAAGCAAUCGAGACAGGAGGUUGUCCACAUGCUGCAAUUCGCGAAGAUAUUUCAUCAAAUUUGGAAGCAUUAGAAAAACUUCAAGCAAAAUAUGCAUGUGAAAUGUUGUUCGUCGAAAGUGGUGGUGAUAAUCUUGCAGCUUCUUAUAGUUCUGAAUUGGCCGAUUUACACGUUUAUGUGAUCGAUGUUUCGGGUGGUGAUAAAGUGCCAAGAAAGGGAGGUCCAGGUAUUUCGCAAUCUGACAUUCUUGUCAUCAAUAAAAUCGAUCUGGCACCAUAUGUCGGUGCUUCUCUUGACGUGAUGAAGAGAGAUGCUGCAAAGAUGCGUGAUGCAGGCCCAACAAUCUUCACAAGUGUCAAGCAUGGAGAUGGCGUGGAAGACGUAAUCGACUUGAUCUUGUCAGCUCGCAAACAGGCAGGAGCUGAUGGUCAUGGUCGCAGCAUUAGCGAAUUCCAAUAAGCACAGCAAACUGCAUUCAUUGAUAGAUUGCUAUUUUUUCCAAAUAUUUUCAUAUUGUACAAAUUUUCAAAAAGAAGAAAGAAUCGUCUAAGACUUGAAUUAAUACAUUGAUAAAGUGAAGAU